AUGAGGCUCGCGUCCCUGAGCCUCAUGGGGUGGUCCUCCUUCCUACUCCCGGGAUCCGCCCUCGCGACGGUCCCCAUACUCACCGAAGUCUCACUCAAGGGCUGCGCCGACGUGUCCUGCCCGGCCGGCGCCGGCGCCGGCGACUUCGUCGGCGAGUCCAACUGCACCCUCGGCGGCUCCAACCUCCGCCGCGUUGGCAUUGCCCCCGAGGUCCUCGACAUCCCCAUCGACGACAACAACAUGACCGACAUCCGCAAGCUCUCUCUCACCGUCGCCACCCUCGCCAACGGGCCCUCCCAGAGCUCGCCCAACUGGAUAAAGAAGCAGCUCUACACCCAGUCCUACUACCUCGGCGCCCCCACCGGCCUCAACCUCUCGUCCGAACGCUACCCCAAGGGCUGCGCCCUCAUCUUCCAGCACCUAUUCCAGACCCUGCCCAUCGCCCACGAGGUGCCCGACCUGGACACCACCGACUGCAGCCCCUGGCUGCAGCAGUCGUGCAUGGACGAGAUCACCGGCUACGUUGACGACUUCCGCGCCGACCACGCAAAGAACGAGACCCUGCCGCGCUGCCAGGAGCUCGCCAUGUAUCUCGAGGACCGCACCCGCCGCGACAAGAACUUCCGCUGCAACCUCGUCGCCGGCGCCGUCAACAUCACCGGCGCCGAGAUCAUCGGGCCCGACGCCCCGACCCAGUUGGCGCGGGACGCCGGCGCCAACAACGACUGCCACCCGACCCUGCCGCGCUCCUACGACAUGCUGAAGCUGACCGACGUCGAGCUCAUCCUCGACGAGGAAGGGAGCACGACGAAGCCGACGGGCGGCCUCAACGGCUACACGCCCGUCAUGAGCGUGCUGUUCGACAAGCUGCUGUACUCGCAGUGGAUCUGCAUGAAGACCAUGAGCGAGUUCGACAAGGAGAACUCGAGCCCGAAGACGAGCACGCCGGUCAUGGCCGGUCUGCUCAUAGGCUUGACCACCCUGCUGGCUGUUUUGAUGCUGUGA